UAGAUUUCACUGAGACUCUUGUUGAAGAAGCAGGAAGCGAGAGAAAAACAGCCGCCUUCCUGCUGGUGAAGCCUGCUGACGGCCAAGUGUCAGAUCCGUGCAUGCAUGUCCACAUGGCCUGUAAGCACGUACACCACCUCUUUCAUUCACCUCUAUUCAGCUUCCUUCUCUACACCUGUGAGUCCAAGGGGAGCAGAUUGACAGAUCAGACAGCAAACAGGUCGGCUAUAUAAGAGCAGCACACUGUAGUUUGGGAGGCUGACUGCCAGACUGACUGAAAAACUCUGAAGUUUUCUACCGUGUUGUCUACUCCGAUCAAGUACAGCUCAGUCUGUACAUUUUACCUUUGCAGGUUUUCUCAAACUACACACCUCAAUGUGUAAGGGGAUCUCCUACCUGCCCUCCUCAUGCCUGGAGAAGGCAAAGGAGAUGCGGGUGAUGUUAAGCCAUCUGGCUGAGACGCACCACAAGCACAAGAUUCUGGAUGGAAAAGCUGUCCACGACCUGGAAACUCUGCUUAACAACAUACGCGGUCUGCAGGCGUUUCGUGGGUUCCUGCUUUCAGAGUUCAGCGAAGAGAACCUCGAGUUCUGGCUGGCCUGCGAGGACUACAGGCUGUCUCCUUCAAACCUGCAGAAGACCAAGUCCAGCAACAUCUACGGCCAGUUUAUCAACCCUGACGCUCCACAGGAGGUAAACUUGGACGCUGAGACCCGGGAAGCUCUGUUGAGUGUGACGGACUCUCCGUGUGCCGACACGUUCAACAAGGCUCAACAGAGAAUCUACAAUUUGAUGGCGAAAGACUCCUUCCCGAGGUUCCUGCGCUCCCCUUACUGCAUGGAGGCCAUUAAAGCUUUUUAAAACAUAUAGUUUAUUACCACAGACCCGCUUUAGAAAUAAGUGCUGAUGAAUCUGUACUGCUUGAUAGGUUGAUUGUAUUUUACCACUUAUUUUAACAACUAGUUCGUUUUGUGAUUGUUUUCUGUAUGGUAGUGCUGUCCUUGUGCGCUGUAUGCAUAAUGCAUGCUGUUAUCGUUAUGACGCCGAGUUGUAGACAUAGUUAAAAAGUCUCACAUAAAAACCUCAAUUAUGAAGCUUACAUCAAGAUGCAACUACCUUGCACCUCUGGACUGCUGAGCUACAAGUCCACAAAGGAUUUAAAUAAAUACCUCAUAAAAGACAA